CCUGACCGGAAAUGAACCACACCGGAAGUGUCGUAGCUCCGGAGUCAUCUCUGGCUCGCGGCGGGAUAGCCGCUAAGUUAGCUGACGAGCACAAUUCAGCGGAGCUGAGGCUGAAGGCUUAAACUGAACACACUCAGACCAAUGGGAGACAGCGAUGACGAGUUCGACAGGAGGAGGCGGGACAAGUUCAGGAGAGAGCGGAGCGACAUGGAGCGGUCGAGAGAGAGAGAGGAAAGGAGGAGGGAUGACUGGCCCGACAGGGACUGGGACCGCGGCAGAGAGAGGAGGCGGGACUACGAUCGUGGCCGCAGAGAGCGGUUUUCUCCCCCUCGACACAUCAGCCCUCAACACAAACGCAUGAGGAGAGAGUGGGACGACCACCGCGGGGAGCCGUACCGCUACGACAUGCCCUACGGAGGGGGCGUGGCUCCGUUUCCGGGGGCGGGGCCUCAGGGCUGGCAUCCCGACCUCCCCCCCCUUCACCCGCACCACGGCGGUCACCCGCUGCAGGGCAGGUUGGCGAUGGUGGAUCCGGAUCUCCCUCCUCCCGGUCCUCCCACCAUGAGGAGCUUCAAGGAGUUCCUGUUGAACAUGGAGGACAGCGUGGACGAGACGGAGUCGGUGAAGCGCUACAACCAGUACAAGCUGGACUUCAGACGCCAGCAGCUGCAGGACUUCUUCCUCCAGCACAAAGACCAGGAGUGGUUCCGCUCCAAGUACCACCCCGAUGACAUCACGGCGCGGAGGGCGGAGUCUCUGGCUGCGCUCAAGACCCGGCUGGGCGUCUUCCUCUUCCUGAUGGACAACAACUGGCUGGAGGACAUGUCUCUGGACAUGGACCACGCGCCCGCCAUCAUCAAGCUGCUGGACGCAGCGGUCAUCAAGAUGGAGGGCGGGACGGACUUGGACCUGCAGGUCCUGGAGCUGCCCACUGCUGCUGCUGCUGGGGAGGCGAGCAGCAGUGGAGGAGGAGGAGGAGGACCACCACCAGGAGCACCAAGAGGAGGAGGUGAGAAGAGUCAGCGAGAUCUCAGCGGGGGAAACGUGGGGCGGCAGACUGACGCUGCGUCGACGAGGAGACGCACAGAAGACACUAAAGUCCCAAAUGAGAGCAGUGAAGAGCAGACCAAGCAGAACGGUGAGAAGGACGAAGGAGAGGAGGAGGAGGAGGAGGAGGAGGGGGAGAAGAAAGAUGAGGAGGAGGAGGAAGAGGAGGAGGAGGAAAACAAGAAGAAGACACCAUCAAAGAAGAAAGGCAGGAAGAGGAAACGCAGCGUGUCUGCUGACAGCGGCGAGGGCAGCGCCUCUGAGUCUGACUCCUCCCACUCUGACGGGGAGGAAAAGGAGGAAGACGAGGAGGAAGAGCGUCGUAACGAGCGAGGAAAGGAAAGGGUGAAGGAGAGAGAGGAGGCGCCAGCUAAGCCCCGCCCCCUGCACCUCACCACCUCCUUGUUCAUCCGCAGCAUCCCGCCGGAGGUGUCCAAGGAGGAGAUCACUGCUUUGUGUCGCAGGUACCCGGGGUUCCUGCGGGUGGCGCUGUCGGACCCUCAAGCCGAGAGGAGGUUCGUCAGGAGAUGCUGGGUGACCUUUGACCGCAGCGUGAACAUCAAGGAGACGUGCUGGAACCUUCAGAACAUCCGGCUGAGGGACUGCGAGCUGUCCCCCGUGGUGAACAGAGACCUGUGCCGGAGGGUCCGCUCCGUUAACGGCCUCACGCACCACAGGCCGGUGGUGAAGAACGACAUCCGCUUGUCUGCUCGACUGGUGCACAGCUUGGACCAGAGGGGGGCGCUGUGGGACGGACAGACCAACCCCGUCCUGAAGAACAUCACAGACUACCUCAUCGAGGAGGUGAGCGCCGAGGAGGAGGAGCUGAUGGGGGCCUUGGGAGGCGACGACGCCAAAGACCCCGCCUCCUCCUCUGAGGUUACCGUGGAGACGGACGACAAGCUGCUGAAGGUGCUGGACAGACUGCUGCUCUACCUGCGUCUGGUUCACUCAGUAGAUUAUUAUAACUUCUGUGAGUAUCCUGCUGAGGACGAGAUGCCUCAUCGCUGUGGACUGAUCCACGUACGAGGCCCCCUACCUGCAGGCCGCAUCACUGCAGCUGAGGUGAGUGAGCAUCAGAAGAUGUGUGAGGAGCGUCUGGCUCCUCUUCUUUCUGCCUCAGAGUCUCUGAGCGAAGACGAAGCUGGCAGACUGGGGAGGAAGGAGCCGGAGCACGAGGUGGAGAAGUUCCUCUCGUCAAACACUCAGGAGCUGAGUAAAGACAAGUGGCUUUGUCCUCUGAGCGGGAAGAAGUUCAAGGCUCCAGAGUUUGUGCGCAAACACAUCCUGAACAAACACGGGGACAAAGUCUCUGCUGUUAGACAAGAAGUUGUCUUCUUCAACAACUUCCUGUUGGACGCCAAGAGACCAGCCCUACCUGAGAACAAGCCCCUCCCCCCUCCAGUACAAGCCACGCCCCCUGGUUUGCUUGGGUUUCCUGGCCAGUCGCCACAGCAGCAAAGCCUUCUGGGAUAUCCUCCUGGAGUCAGACCUCCAAUGCCCGGCUUCCCUGGUGGAGGACCUCCAUUCCCCCCCAACCAGUUUGGGGCCGGCCGUGGUAACCAUGACAACUUCAGAGGUCACUUGGGAGGAGGAGGAGGAGGAGGAGGGUUUCCAGGGAAACAACGAAACAACAGGGGCGUGCGAGGAGACCCUCGGUCCAUCAUCGAGUACAGAGACCUGGAUGCUCCAGAAGACCUCGACUUCUUUUAGUGAAACUACACGUUUUUUAAAAUCUUUUUAUUAUUAUAGCUACAUUUUCCAUGAUUCUUUUUGCCAAAACUCCAGCAUGUGUUUUAUUUUUUAGGUAUUUUUGCGUGUUUGUCAGAUGGACCAAUGUUAUUGAUGAUUCCACUUUCCAAUAAAGAGGAUUGAUGAAGA